AUGGCUGAUUUUGAUGAUUUUGGUUUACUAGCACAAAUGGCUCGUCGAGAAUUAAUUCAUUUACUUGAAUCGAUACCUGAAGUAAAAGAUUUAGCAGUGGAGUUAAGUUUAAUGCGACCAUUGGAUAAAAUAGCAUCAAUGUCUGUUUUACAAGAACAUAACUGCGCUCAUGUGCAACAAUUUUUGCAUCAUUCAAAUUUAAAAUGGAGUGAAAAUGCUAUACAUCGUGUAUAUAUUAUACGUCCAACGCUUGCUGCAGCAAAAUGUAUUGCUGAACAUAUUUUAGCUGAACCGGAACGAAAUUAUUCGGUAAUAUUUGUUCCACAACGUUUGUAUAUUUGUGAAGAAGAAUUUGAGCGUUGUGGUAUAUAUGGUAUGAUUGAUAUUCUAGAACUUGAAUUACCACUAAUCAAUAUUGAUAAGCAUUUAUUCAGCUUGGAACAUCAUGAAUUUACAAUGGCAACAUUAGUAGAUCAUAAUUUUAUUCAUCUUCGUGCAGUUGCUAAAUCAUUAUGGCAAUUACAAACACUCUAUGGAUUAAUACCAAUUGUUUAUGGUAUUGGAGAAAAUAGUAUAUAUGUAAAUAAAUUAAUGAAAAAAUUACACAAUGAAUUUGGUGAGCCACGUUUAUCAUCGGAUCAAUCAAUUGAUUAUCUAUUUCUAUUCGAUCGAAGUUUAGAUUUGCCAACUGUUUUUCUUACUGGUUUGACAUACGAAUCAAUGGUACACGAUACAUUUGGAAUAAGUUGUGGUAAAGUGAUAUUUGGCGAUGAAGUAAAUAAGCGUAUAAAAAAUGAUAAUAUAAAUCGUUCUAAAAUUACCACAUUGGAUAAUAAUGAUCCAAUUUUUUCAGCUGUACGUAAUAUGCAUAUGACAGCAGUUUUUCCAUUUUUAAGUGCUAAAGCAAAAUCUCUUCAAGCAAGUUACGACAAAGGUUCAAAUCUUGAACAAGUAAAAGAUAUGAAAGAAUUUGUAUCCAAUGAAUUACGAACACUGAAACAACAGCAUAAAUUACUAGAAUUGCAUAUUUGCGCUUGUGAAGUGGUUUUGGAGAAAUGUAAAGGAAUUUCAAGUCGACUUACACUGGAGCAUGCAUUAAUUUCAGGAAAUUUUGAUCCUAAUGAAGUAUUAGCAUAUUUGGAAGAUUGUAUAUGUACUCAACACAAUCAAUGGCAAAUCCUCUUAUUAGCAUGCUUAUGGUCUCUUACACAAAAUGGUAUACCAACCAAAUAUUUCAAUCAAUUUCGAAAUCAAUAUCUCUAUGCUUUUGGCCAUGAAAACCUUGCAAUAUUACAUUUUCUUGGUAUUCAAGGUCUUCUAAUUGAGCGUUCUAUUCCACAACUAACAACUGUACAUAAUGUUAUACCUAUCAAAUCUCAGCCUGUAUCAUCAUUUUCUAAGCCUACAUUUCAAUUUUUAACACGACGUAUGGCACUUCUUCCAGGCAAUACCGAAACAACAAUAAAUCUUCGAAAUCCUGAUCAAAUGCGAUAUGUUUUUUCAGGUGUUUACACACCUAUCUUAUGUAAAAUAGUUAAUGAUACAAUAAAUAAUGGAUGGAAUAUGGAAGAAAUGAAGAUAACUUUUGGUGAUACAGUUUUCUGUGAUCAAAAUUGCUCGCCAAAUGCAAAUCGUCAAACUGAUAAUCGUAUCCGAAAAGUAAUUUUAGUAUAUUUUAUUGGUGGUGUAACAUAUUCGGAAAUUGCUGCAUUAACUUUACUUGCACAAUACAAUAAUUUACGUAUUAUUAUUGCUACAACAAAUAUUAUUCAUCGUGAAAAAUUCAUUAAAGAACUUGCUAACGUAUCUGUUACAUCUUUUUCGGAAAUGUAA